GCUCUGACAUCACUGACAUCAGAGAGAUUCAGAGAAAGUGAACCUUGAUCAACAACAAUAUGGACGCCUGAAACGAUCAACCUCUUUAAACAACAGAAUAUUUAUUGAGCCAUUCAAAGAGUCUUGUGGACACAUCUGAUCCUCACAGCAAUGUCAUCCUCCAGCGGUCCACUGACUGAGGAGCUUCAGUGCUCGAUAUGUCUUGAUGUGUUCACUGAUCCAGUCAGCACUCCAUGUGGACACAACUUCUGCAAGACCUGUCUGAAUAAGUGCUGGGACAACAGCCAGACCUGCAACUGUCCAAACUGUAAAGAAACAUUCAAGCGAAAACCUGAUCUCAAGAUUAAUACCACACUCAGAGAGCUCAUAGAUCACUAUAAAAAGAAAAGUCCUGAGAAAAAACCUGAAGUUCUGUGUGACGUCUGUGAGGAAAGAAAGCUGAAAGCCCUGAAGUCGUGUCUGGUGUGUCAGAGCUCUUACUGUGAAACUCACCUGGAGCCUCAUUUGAGAGUGGCAGGUUUAAAGAAACACAAACUGAUCAAUCCUGUGAGGAAUCUGGGGGACUAUAUAUGUCAGAAACACGAGAGACCUCUGGAGCUGUUCUGUAGAGAUGAUCAGACAAUUGUGUGUCCAAUCUGCACUUUAACAGACCACAAGAAUCACAACACUGUUUCUUUAGAAGAGGAGAGUGAAGAGAAGAAGUCUAUAGAAUUAAUGAAGACACAGAAAGAUGUGCAGCAAAUGAUCCAGAACAAAAUCAAGAAGAUUCAAGACAUCAAACACUCAGCAGAAGUCAGAAAAAGAAACACAGAGAAGGAGAAAGCAGCCCGUGUCGAGCUCUUCACUGAUCUCAUCCGCUCCAUUGAGAGAUGUCAGACUGAACUGCUGGAGAUGAUGGAGGAGCAGCAGAAAGCAGCAGAGAAACAGGAGGAAGAGCUCAUUGAAGAGCUGGAACAGGAGAUCACUGAGCUAAAGAUGAGAAACACUGAGCUGGAGCAGCUCUCACACACUGAAGAUCACCUUCACCUCCUACAGAUUCACUCAUCCCUGUACAGCUCUAGAAACACCAGGAACUGGUCUGAGAUCAGUGUGAAGACUGAUGAGAGUCUGGAGACUCUGAGGAGAGCUCUGACUCAACUGCAGGACACUCUACAGGAGAAACUCACGCAAACUGUCUCUACAGAUCUGAAGAGGAUGCAGCAGUAUGAAGUGGAUGUGACUCUGGAUCCUGAUACAGCUCAUCCUCAACUCAUCCUGUCUGAUGACAGAAAACAAGUGAGACAUGGAGACAUUUGGCAGAAACUCCCAGACAAACCAAAGAGAUUUGAUAAAUGUGUAUUUGUCCUGGGAAAAGAGGGAUUCUCCGCAAGGAGAUUUUAUUUUGAGGUGCAGGUGAAGGGAAAGACUGAAUGGACUUUAGGAGUGGUCAGAACAAGCAUUAACAGAAAGGGAUUGUUCACACUGAGUCCCAGAAAUGGAUUCUGGAUUGUGGUUCUGAGGAAUGAGAAUGAAUAUAAAGCCUGUGCUGAUUCUCUUGUCUCUCUGUCUCUGAGCGUGAAGCCGCAGCGGGUCGGUGUGUUUGUGGAUUAUGAGGAGGGUCUGGUCUCCUUUUAUGAUGUGGAGUCCAACUCUCAUAUCUACUCUUACACUGGUCAGUCUUUCACUGGGAAACUCUAUCCAAUUUUUAGCCCGUGCUUUAACAAUAAAGGUAAAAACUCAGCUCCACUGAUCAUCACAUCUGUCAAAUACAAUAAAUGAAUGCACACCCUAAUAUGAAAUACACAUGAAAAAAAAAAAAA